AUGACCUUGGAGACUGUUAAUUUCAAAAGAAGGGUGGAGAUAUUUACGAAGGCAGUUAUGAUCAAAGCGGAAGAAGAAGAGUACAAAGCCUCUGCUGUUGACACAGUUAUAGUAUUUGAAACUUCACAAACCUUUGAUGACCAAGCUAAUGUUGUUGAUGUCAGGAUGGAAGAAGUCAAGGUGGAAGAAGUUAAUUUCGUUGUUGAAGACAAAAUUGCUGAAGUAAUUAUUGAAGAAACGAAUUUAAUGAUUAUAGAUGAUAAUACUGAAGCGGUGGAUGAAUUCAUUGAAGAAGUUGAAGAAGGAGAUAACUCCAAGGUCGAAACUCUUGAAACUGUGGAGGAAAUCAUGGAAGAAAAUAAUUUUGUUGAUGCGAACAAAUUUUUUGAGAAGGAGGUAAUUUUGGUUGAACCAAGAAAGAAAUUCCAAGAGUCCAUGACAUCUACAACAGUGUAUCCCAUAGAUGACAAACAAGUCCAGAAACAUUCGACUAUAUUGAAGAGUGAAAUCAAAGUGGAGCAUAUUAAAUGCGAAGAUGUAUUGUGGUGCAAGAGGAUGCAAAAGUGA